UUAAUAAGACAUUCGACAUACUUUAGCUACACCAAAAAAAAAAAAAAUAAAUUAAACAAAACAACCGGAGGUUGUAGUUUAAAGCACUAGCUAGCAGUUAGAAGCUAAAGGAAGACAUUCACCUUCGUAUGAUGUCCAGCAACGGCGGAAGGGAGGAUGUUUUACAGCAGGUCAGCCACUUUUGGUCCAUGCUGGACGACUUGUCUCAAAGCGACCCAGCAGCUUACCGCAAGUUUAUAGAGGAGCAAAUGAAGAGAGGAGCUGAAUUCAACGCACCGCCUGAGCUCCAUUCGUGUGUGCGAACUCAGAUACUGGAGCCAAAGCCAGGUUUGCUCUACAUUAACAUUUGCAGCUGGAAGCGUGUGCCUGCGCCUCAGGAUCAGAGCAGCUCGCUUCCUUUGUGCGGAGGAAAACUAGAGAGAUGCAACACAGAGGACCAAGGUGGCUGCUGCUUCGCUGUGCUGGAUGUGGCGCUAAAUACUUCAGUGCUACAGAAGAGGAAAGAGGAUAAAGUAGAUAUUAAUAAUAUCUAUAUGCUGGCCCUGAGCUUUGCCCAGCAACAGCACGGGAUGCUGUUAUCUCAGGAGUACAGCGUCGUCAGCUGUAGUCCGAAAGGUAACCCGGACGACUUGCAGUGUCGGCUCGGCUUUCAGAAGCUGCCCAUCAUCUCCAAGCAACUGGAAACAACCAGUCAGACUCCAGCCGCCCUCCUGCGACAGAUCUCCUCUUCCCAGCAAUCGGAGGAGGACAGCGCCGCCCAAAUCGUUUGCAGGCCCGCGGAGCAGACCAAGGCGAAUUUGAUCCAGGUCAUUUCCAGCACUUUCCAGGGGCCUCAGGAGCCCGAGUAUGUGGUGGAGGUGAAGAGCGACGCAGCGGGAGUCCCUCGCAGCGUGGAGCUGACGGUGGAGCUGCCGAAAGUUCGUUCCAUGUCAGAGUGCCAGCUGAGAGUGUCUAAGGUUAGCCGUUACUCACCUCCUCUGCCCCAAACACUUAUAAUGAACCGCUACGAUUCCGCUGUGCUUCGCUGGAUGUCAUAUAAAACGCAUAAUUGGCCUGAGGAUGUUCUUCUAGAAGUGGAAGAUGUUUACCAUUUGCUUCUGGAGUUUCCAAAAACAGUAAACGAGGACACGGCCGCUGCCGUCUUCAGCAAGAAGAAACGGAGGCUCACGCUGACAGCAGCUGUUUUGUGACCAAUUAACUUCAGCGAGAAGAGGGAGAGGGUUCGCCGGGUCACGCACGUAAGGAGGGAACUCUCACAGCAACAGAAAACACACCUUAAGGAGUGCUAUACAAUGCAGUCAGAAUUAAGAGCGCGUACUGCGUGGGAACAUACAAGCCGUGCUUCAAACUAAAAUCUAACAAGCUGUUUUGGUUGUAGUUUGAGGCAGAGCUGUAAAUUGAUCUAUUUUCAGAAUGUUCUUACAGAGAAAUGUGUUAGGUUGUCCCAGUGUGCUAUGUAGGCUGAUGUGCAGGGACAAGUGUAAUUCCUAACCCUCCACUGCCUACCAAAAGAUUUAUUGACAUUAAUAACAAUUUGUGUCCUGAAGAACUACAUGAGGAAUGUAUAUUUUAGCCUUUUUUGUGAGAGGAUUUUUGAUACUAGUGGUCUCUAUUGAACAAUAAGCCCGCUGCAAAAACACAAAAUCUAAUAUUUCCGGUCUAGUUUCUAGUGCAAAUGUCUUAGAGCACUUGAGAUAAGACUAAAUUAUCUUACAAGUAACUUUUUAGCAAGAUAUAGGAGCUUGCUUUAAAUAAAU